GGGUUGUGGGCGGGAAGUGAGGGAAGCUCGCGCUCAUGAAUAAAGAAGUAAGGCGAGGCUGGACUCGCGGCGUCAGCGGCUGGCGCGUGCGCCUUGGCGGUGUCUUUCCUGGAGCGGCUGGCGCAGCCCUAAUUCGUAGCCUUCCGCUGCGGGGGCCUCGGCGUUGACACCGCUCGCCGGACAGCGGGGACAUGCCCGGCCGCGCCGCGCGCCAGGAGGCAGCAGCGGGGAGCGCGGGGGCGGCCGCCUCCGCGCAGCAGGAGCGGAGCCUGGCGGGCGCCUUCCCGCUAGUGCUGAAGAAGCUGAUGGAGAAUCCUCCGCGGGACGCGCGCCUCGAUAAAGAAAAGGAGAAGGAAAAACUCGAGGAGGAUGAAGCAGCAGCUGCCAGCACUAUGGCAGUCUCUGCCUCCCUCAUGCCUCCCAUCUGGGACAAAACCAUCCCUUAUGAUGGAGAAUCUUUCCACCUGGAGUACAUGGAUCUGGAUGAGUUCCUCCUGGAGAAUGGAAUCCCUUCCAGCCCUGCUCACCUAGGCUUGAACCAGAACCCGCUCCUGCCUGUGGCUGAGCUGGAAGGCAAAGAGCUUGCCAGUGCGUCUGCUGCCUCUCCUCCCUCAUCAUCUUCCACUGUAGUUUUCCAACCAUCUGAAGCUGCCUCCGGCACAGAAUCCUCCCCAGAGAGUGAGAGAGAGACUCCGAGCCCUGUUGAUCCAGACUGCAUUGAGAUUGAUGUAAACUUUAACCCCGACCCUGCUGACUUAGUGCUCUCCAGUGUGCCCGGUGGUGAGCUCUUCAAUCCUCGCAAGCACAAGUUUGCUGAAGAGGACCUGAAACCACAGCCCAUGAUUAAAAAGGCCAAGAAGGUUUUUGUCCCAGAUGAGCAAAAGGAUGAAAAAUAUUGGACAAGGCGAAAGAAGAACAACGUGGCAGCAAAGCGUUCCCGUGAUGCUCGGCGACUGAAAGAGAAUCAGAUCACAAUCCGAGCAGCCUUCUUGGAGAAGGAGAACACUGCCCUCAGGACAGAGGUGGCAGAGCUGCGCAAGGAAGUGGGGAAAUGCAAGAACAUUGUCUCUAAAUAUGAGACCAGAUACGGACCCUUUGACUUAUCUGAUUCCGAGUGAUGCAACUUUAAAGACUUCUAAAAACAAAGAAACUAAAAAGCACACAUGAAACCAUCUGUCUUCAGAGUGAGCAGUGAGAUGUGUGAGAGGUAUCCAGCACAAACAACUGACGGGGACACUGCCUGCAAGUACCCCAUCUGAACUGCACGGGGGCUGGCAUGAUGAAAAGUGCAAGGUCUUCUUAAUGCUGUGUAUGGCUUUCUUAUCUUUUUUGUACUAAUGUUUGUCUUCUCUCUGUAAUCAAACUACAGUAAUGUUACUUACUGACACUUGUCAAUGACACUCACAGCUCAUGUCUUUCAGUCCAAUCUGUUGAUGACUUGUGUGAAUAGUGACUCUGUUUUGAUACUUGAAUGAAAUGGGAGAAAGGAGGAUUCUAACUUAAAAUGGCUUAAACUAUAUUGUCACUGACUUUUGGGGUUAGGGGCAGUGGAAUAGGUUUUAGCUACUGCUGCAGCUGGAUUCUGACAAGCAUAGUAUCUUGUGAGGUACUGCUGGGAGUGCUGAACCAGAGGCAUCCAGGGAAAAGAGUCUAGGCGUGCAAGAAAAUGUAACAGAUUUGUUGAAGUAAACUAAAAAGCACCGUCGAGUGUGCUGUAGAAAGGGUAACAAAUAAAUCCUGUUAUAUACCCCAGAUGGCAAAUGCAGCUCCUUAACUGCUUCCUCCCGUGAUAUGUACAUUGUGGGGAGCCCACCCCCUUCACAUUUUACUUUUAAGGGGCUCUUUGUAUCCCAGUAAAACAAAUUACAUCCAUUUUCCUGUCUGCCACACCAAAAUAGGGGAGAGGUGUGUACUUCUGAGCUGCUGAGCACUGUAUCUUGCUGCUGGCCAGGCCAGUCAAUCUGUAUUGAAGCCCCAGGGGAACAGUGGCUAGCAGCUACCAUGCUCUGCAUCCUUCUCUUUUUUUCCUACUGCACUCUAAUUCCCCAAGCACCUUGGAGAAUACAUCGUACAUCUGUCUCAUGGACCCAAAAUAUCCAGCAAUGCCAUUGUGUCAUAAUGGAACAGCUUUAAAAACAAAGACCCUGGGCAUAUAUGGAGGUAGAUGAGGCACUUAGAGAGCAUUGCAGGGAUGUUGGCCCUGUAGAAAAGGGAGGAUGUCCAUGGAAGGAAAGGUGCCAUCAAUACAGCAAGAGAAUCCUAACCAGACAUCAUAACCAAAUCUAUAGGUGAAAGAAGAAAUGGAAUGGCUUAUUUCCAGUAAAAUAUUGUAGGGCUGCACUUGUAUCCAAGAUUCUGUCAAUAACAUAGACAUGAAGAGAGGAGGUUUUCCAUAUGACAAACUCUCUGCCAGGAGGCUGAUUAAUGGCAGACACCUGGUUGAUAAAGUGCUUUUGAAAGCCUGCAAAAGGAAAAGGGCCUAAAUGGGAGGCUCAGAAUCCAUUACAACUGAAAGUUAGGAGGUAUGGUUUAAUACUGUACAAAUACUGUGUCUUCAUCUUCCCCAGAGGGAUCCUGCCCUCAGAACUUCUUAGCAGGAAGGAGAAGAGGAAAGGGAGCAAUGGGGAGAAGCAGACUGUUGCAAACUUUCUUUAAACAAAGUUGUAACCAAUUAAUUUUUCAGUGUAACCUGGCAACGAUGAAUGGGCUUUAUCCAUCAAGUGCACUGCUUGAUCUAGUCUUGCAAGUGGACCAUGUGUUCAGUGUUAAAGAACAUGCUUUAACUUUUUUUCCUAAUCAGUAAGAAAUGUUAUCAAUAUGUAGAUAAUAAGAUUCUGGGAUUGUCACUCUGAAGCCGGUUAUGUCUGUAGAAUCAAUGUGAAGCGAUGGCAACAGCUACACAGGUAGUUGAGAGCUCUUUUUGUUCUGAAUAUCACCAGGUGCAGUCAUUGCUGCGAUUUGUGAUCUGUUACUAUCAUAAGUUCACAGCCAUUUUUGGCUUUUUUGCUCACACGACUUUACAAAUUACAUCCAUGGAACAACACAACUAGUACUUUUAUAAGUUGGAACUCUUAAGAUUUGCUAGGACAGUAUGUGAAAGUUUCCAAAUACCUGCAAAUGGGUUACUAUUCCAGCAUCAAAUUCCUAAAAUGUCAAGGAUAUAUUACCACCUAUAUAAAGUGCUGCAGGGCUUACACCUUGUACUGCAGACCUGAACAACCUUUUUUUGGUGGAAUUUUUUUUUUUAAAGUUUUCUAGGGCCUUGAUUUUAAAGAUGUUCAAUGUAUGUAAAUAUAUCAACAUCUUCUAGCAUAUAUUUCCAAUUACUUAGCUCUGAAUUAUUGUUUUUCCCAGCCAUGUUAACCAUUUGAAGAGAGGUGCUACUAACUGUGCCAGGUACAUCUUAAGGUAGCAAGUGCAGUGGAGGUCCAGCAGCACCAGGGUUUAGGAAUAUUGUAAAAGUACAAUCGUUGUGGCAAAAAUAUUUUGUGUAGUCAGCAGGAGAGCAGUGCUGCUGUCGAACUUCAGAUCUGCAGAGCUCCUAAACUUUACAGAACUGAAGCUCCUGGUUAUCAAAAGUCCUGAUUUUACAAAGUGUUUAGUUAUCUUAAAGCUGUGUAAAAUCAGGGUGUGUCUGUAUUGUUUUCUCCUGGCUGUGGUGGGUGAGUCCAAGACAAAGGGCAGAUGCAGAGGUCACCUGACCCAUUAACUUCAUAUUGUGCAGUAACCUAGAUCUAAAUCUUUACUGAGGAGAGAACAUUUAUUUUAGUAUUUAAGGGCUUUUCCCCUCACAGAAAUACAAAAUCUUGACCAGCUUUGUUGGUCUUAAGUAAUUCUUCUGUUGUGCAUCUACCAAAACCACCACUAAAGGUUGGGGGAAGGGACAACAAAGCUAAUAAAGUUCCUUGGAGAUUGUCAGUAUUUUUAGCCGGAUGGUUCAUUAUUCUUUAUUGUGUGGCUUUUUUAGAAUACAAACGUUUAAAGUUCAGGGGGUCACAAUGGAGUGGAGGGUUGUGAGGGAGGUAAAAAAGUAAGCGGAGGAUAAAGAGGAGUGGAAAAAACAAAAGAUAAGAUUAAGCCAAAAUACUAGGCUGAGCCAGAAUGCUGAAACUGAGGCCGACCUGCUUCUAACUUUGGGGCAGUUCGGAUCCAGAUCUCAACCCCACAGCUUGGGCUCAUACCCAAGAUGUUCACUUUAAGUGAUGGGCGCCUCCUUUUCUUCAUCAUAUUUCUUAUGAUCCAAGAUAGAGCAUGAAGGUGAAAAGAACUUGGGAGAGUGAGGGAAGGUGCUAUUAUUUCUAACUACAGUAGUUAUUAUAUUAAUGUGCUCACUAUGUCCAUUAAAUUAAGGCACUUGAUUCUGACUUGCAGAUGGCAGUAAUACUGCACUUAGCUCAUGUGGUUGCGUGAAUUGCUUGACAAAGCUGCAUCCAUAUGUGCAGCUGAGGGUGAGGUGAGGAUUUGUUUACUUACCUAAAUGGAAUAGCAGGUAGCUGGUAUCUGUCUUCUAGAGCAGCGUUGACGUAUCUGUUUGCUACUGGUCAGGAUAAUGGAAGGAUUAAUCUUCUACACUCUUAUGUGAUUUAUUGGAAUAUUGUAUUUUGUAUAACUUAGAACAUGUAAAUACACUUUUAAAAUUAAUCUGUCCUAUGAAGUAAUAAAUAGCGCUUCCAUUGUAACACCUGAAAAUUGUUAGAUGUGCUUCAUGUUGCAUGACUUGGGAUUUAUUUUUUUUCUAGAGAACUGCAGAAAUCAAAGGGAGAUUGAUGUUGUGGAGUUUUAAUUUAAUUGUGAUGCUUCCUGGUGACAAAAAUAUUUAAAAAUAAUAAACCACCCCAACCGAGAAACUUAAUUUAAUUUUUUUACAGUAGUCACUUAGGUGACAUUCAUCACUGUACUCAGACAAUCCCAUUUUCUGGAUAGUCAGUUUUGUUGUUGGCCAGUAACAUUUGGAAAGCACUCCUAUUGGUCAGUUUCAUAAAAAGCGCUGUGCGAAUCCAGAAAAACAGUAACUUUUGUUUUUUAAAUUGGUUGUGGCUUAAAUGUAGCCCUCUAACCAGACUUCAGUGUCAUUGACUGUUACUGCAACUCAGCCAUAACCUAGGUAGUUAUGUUGUGUGUACACAAAUGUAUGGUUAUCCUACUCGCACACAUUUUGGUGCGUGAAGAGCUCCAUUGACUAAAGACUUGAGUUUUCAGUGCAUUUUCACUGGAUACUGCACAGAUGGAACUUUCAGCAGCCAGUCAAAUUCUUUUUGUGUCAAUUUUAGACUAGAAGAAAACAAAAUUAAUGGUUGAGAAUCAUGGUCAAUGUGUUAGGAAGUAACUUGUCCUUGUCCUUCAAACUUUAUCUAGCACUGGGGCCCACAGCCCUGUGAUGAAACCUUUCCCCUGACAUACCUUCAGCUCACUGACUUUAACUGAUGUACAGCAGUGGCCUCCACUCCAGUAUCUGCUGCUGCAGCAUUCCAUUGAAAUAACAAUGGAAAAUUACACGGUUUUCAUAGUGGGCAGAAAUGGUGGUACAUUUUUGUAUUAUGUUCCCAAGCUGUUAAGUAACCGUGAAGCAGCUAAGUUAUGUGCAAGUUAUUCACUGGAGUUCUGUUCCUGUCAAGCUUUUUUUGGAGAAGAGGAGAGACUCUGUUUUGAUCUCAUUAGUGUUUCUGGAAGAAUCACAUUUGGUGUGUUCGGUUUACACUACAUUUUAAUGCCAGAAGCAAGAGAAUUUUGAAGUGUCCUUUAUUUGGAUCUGCAGAUGACACCACUCUAUCCCACUCAUUCAUAAGGAAAAAUUUGACUGCAGAAUGUUGUACUAACUGCAAAAUACUAUUUUUAAUAUAUAGUUUUGCUUUGCGUCAUUAAACAAUUGCUGUGUUUCACCUCUUGGGUAUCUCUGUUUUUGAGGAAGGCAAAGUAAUUCCUGUAUAUAGUUUUGUAAGUCAGUCUGUAAAAUGCUUUUCGGAUCAUUCUGGACGAAAGGCCCUAUAGAAAUGUAAAAUUGCUACUAUUUACCAGAUAUUAUCAUGUUUGUGAAACAGGUGGGUAAAGUUGUCUAUUACCAUAAAUAAUCUAGCUUCGCUAUUAAUCCUGUACCCAAAACUGCUCAUUUUGUACACACACUCUUGCAAGCUGAUUGGAGAAAAUAAAGGUGCCUGAAUUGCAGUUUAAUGAGGAAAGGGCAUUUCACUGUACACCUGGUAUCCUCCUAAAUUUCCACUUCUGACACUUUUUUUUUUUAAAUGAACAAACUGGAUUUGAAGUUUCCAAGUCUUGAAAAAUCACUUGGAAUUUGUGGGUAGUUGAAAUCCUUUCUGCUCUUGAUGACUGUUUUUUUUUUUUUUUAAAGCUUUUUUGUUUAAAAUGUAAAGUUUUGACUGUAUGAAAUUAUUAGUAUUUUUCCUUUUUAAAAAAAAUAAAGUGUAUAUUCCACUAUA